AUGAUGUACUCGAAGGAAAUGGGGAAGCCUCCUCAGACACCGCCACGCAAGGACAGCCUGAUAGGAGGGAGUGAUACUGGGGUUUGUGGUGUUAACUCGCAACAAGAAUUUGUGAAUGCUUUAAGUACGCCUGUGACAGAAAGUAGGAAAUCAGUAAAGAUUCUUAAAACACCAUCAGAAACAGUCAAUAAUACAGAGCAGGAGGAUGAUGGGUCGAUGGAAGUGCCGAUGACACCAGAUUUCACGCCUCAGAAGAGAAAACGGAAUCGGAAAUAUCAGAAGGGUUCCAUUUCGAAGUCUAUACAUGCCACACCCAGACUGACUCGACCACCAGACGCAGUUCCCCCGAGCCUGCUGGGAACGUGUGGAAGUAAGACGAAUAGAUAUAGUCAAUCCAAGAAAAUACGACCUAUUUCACUAGGAUUAAAGUUGUCCCUUGCUCAAGAAGAGCUGAGUUCGGAAGAGACUGGGACGGAGACGAAUUACUGCAGCCAGCCUAUACCGCAUACCGAAAAUUUACGAAAUGAAGAGCAGAUGGCAACACCAAAAGGGAAGAUUAUAGGCGAAAGCCUUGUGAACGCCUGGUAUGGGAAAUCGUUGAAUAAUGACUUCUCAUCUGAUGAGGAAUUGUCAGACUACGAAAAUAUGAUGCUUAAAAACGAUAUUUUAGAGAAUAAUGCUAACAGGCCUUCCAAAACUAAUAGACAACAAAUACAUAACCCAUUUGGGCCGGCACCAUUUAAUCUGAAUACCAAAACCAACAUACCCACAAGCUCAGCCGUCGAUUAUUCAACACAUGCGGAAUAUUACAAUAAUAAAACCGGUGAACGGAUAAUAAGGGAAUUAACGGAAGAUGAAAAACGAAUAAAACCAAAGAAAUUAAACUUCAGGUCCACAGCGGGAGAUAAUGAUCACAUUAUCAACGAACCACGUCAACCCUCAAUCGAUGAUUCUGGUAAUCAAGAAACAAGUGUCGGCGAUAAAUUCCUUUUGAACAAUUUAAACAGAUUUAUGGUCGAUUCCAAACCAAAAAAUAGCCUAGGCUUCGAAAUAUUCAAAGAUAAUGGAAAUUAA